GGAAAAAAUAUGAAUUGACAGAUAAAACGCUUCGAUCGUUCUCGAUUGCUUGGACCAUUUGGAGGCAUCGAGAUCAGUGUGGUGACUCUGGGCUGCCGUUGCUUUUCCCUGACGUCCAUAAAAGGACAUUCUUCUUCACCGUAUUCGAAGUCCCAGAGUGUUUAGCUCUGCAUUGCGGCUGCUCCGACUGUCGAUGAGUCACUCUGCUCUUGAAGGACCGAGGCUUUUUUGAGUUUUAUGGGCAAGCUGAUGAGGCCUGAGCGAGAGAUGUGAGCUGAAACGGGUGUGAGCGAUUCCAUGGCGAAUUUUGUGAAGUGGGUUUAGUUGCAGGAGUUUGUGGGAUGAAUGGGUUGCUGACCAAGCUUGCUCUUUGAGUUCGUACGAAGGAGACAAGAACUACCUUAAUCAUCUCUUUAAUCUCAGUCUCGCCGUUUUCAUCUAUUACAUGUCUGCUGGGGUACGUCUGUGAAAGGGUAUUUGUGAUUGAUUGAUUCGUGAGCAUCGGGCAACGCUGAUUCGUGCUUCUGCCGAGCCGAAUUCGAGUUCUUGAUUUUGUUGGUGAUAAAAUGAAAGGUGCUGUCUUCGUGGCCCUUGCCGCAACGAUUGGUAAUUUCCUUCAAGGAUGGGACAAUGCCACCAUCGCAGGAGCUAUAGUCUACAUAAAAGACGACCUUGACUUGGGAUCAACUGUAGAGGGCCUUGUUGUGGCUACGUCGCUGAUUGGAGCCACGGUCAUAACUACAUGCUCAGGACCUAUAUCAGAUUGGCUUGGUCGCCGCCCAAUGCUUAUCAUGUCAUCACUUCUGUAUUUCAUUAGUGGCUUGGUGAUGGUAUGGUCCCCCAAUGUCUACGUUUUAUGCUUAGGAAGAUUGUUAGAUGGAUUUGGAAUCGGUCUUGCUGUUACUCUCAUCCCGUUGUAUAUAUCUGAGACUGCCCCAGCUGAUAUUAGGGGAUUGCUCAAUACUCUUCCACAGUUCACAGGUUCGGGUGGCAUGUUUUUGUCAUACUGUAUGAUAUUUGGGAUGUCUUUUUCAGCUUCACCUAGCUGGAGAAUAAUGCUCGGGGUUCUUUCGAUUCCAUCAGUUAUUUAUUUUUUGUUCACGGUUUUUUUCUUGCCCGAGUCCCCACGGUGGCUCGUAAGUAAAGGGAAGAUGAUCGAGGCAAAACAAGUUCUCCAGAGGCUACGUGGGAGGGAAGAUGUUUCAGGAGAGAUGGCUCUAUUAGUUGAAGGUCUUGGAAUUGGUGGUGAAACAUCAAUAGAAGAAUACAUGAUAGGUCCAGCUGAUGAGGCUGAUGGAGUUGAUGAUCAUGAGCCAUCCGCUGAAAAAGGCAGGAUCAAAUUAUAUGGACCUGAAGAAGGUCUCUCCUGGGUCGCUAAACCUGGGGCUGGACAGAGUUCUCUUGCCCUUAUUUCCCGUCAGGGAACCAUGACGAACCAAAGCAUGCCUCUUAUGGACCCUCUAGUUACUCUUUUUGGCAGUGUCCACGAAAAGCUUCCCCAGACAGGAAGCAUGAAAAGCAUGCUUUUCCCUAAUUUCGGCAGCAUGUUUAGUACAACAGCAGACCCUCAUGUUAAAGACGAGGAGUGGGACGAAGAGAGUGUGCAAAGGGAAGAAGGCGAGGAUUAUGCUUCAGAUGCUGGUGGAGGGGACUCCGAUGAGAAUUUGCAUAGUCCACUGAUCUCCCGCCAAACAACAAGCAUUGAGAAGGAAGUGGGCCCUCGUGCUUCACAAGGGAGUAUUUUGAGUACAAGGCGCCACAGUAGUCUGAUGCAAGGAACAGGGGAGCAGGCCGGAAGCACAGGGAUUGGUGGCGGCUGGCAGCUGGCGUGGAAAUGGACUGAGAGAGAAGGCGAGGAUGGGAAAAAAGAGGGAGGAUUUAAGAGAAUCUAUUUGCGAGAGGAGGGAGCUCCGGGGUCCCGACGUGGUUCCCUUGUUUCGCUUCCUGGGAUUGAUUACCCUGCUGAAGAUGAAUUUGUCCCAGCUGCUGCUUUAGUUAGCCAGCCUGCUUUGUAUUCGAAGGAACUUAUGGAUCAGCAUCCACUAGGACCUGCCAUGGUUCAUCCUUCUGAAACUGCCUCGAAGGGUCCAAUUUGGGCUGCUCUUCUUGAACCAGGAGUGAAGCAUGCAUUAUUUGUUGGGAUGGGAAUCCAGUUACUUCAACAGUUUUCUGGAAUAAAUGGAGUUCUCUACUACACUCCUCAAAUUCUUGAAGAGGCUGGUGUUGAAGAUCUUCUUGCAGACCUAGGGCUAAGCUCAGACUCCGCGUCGUUUCUUAUUAGUGCAUUUACGACUUUCUUAAUGCUACCAUGUAUAGCUGUGGGCAUGAGGCUUAUGGAUACCUCUGGAAGAAGGACGCUCCUUUUGACUACGAUUCCGGUGCUUGUGGUGACACUUGUAGUAUUAGUAAUCGUCGAACUGGUGGAUUCUAGCUCGGUGGUCACUUCCUUGAUGGCAACCAUUUGUGUGGUGGUCUACUUCUGCUGCUUCAUGAUGGCUUAUGGUCCUAUUCCAAAUAUCCUGUGCUCCGAGAUAUUCCCCACAAGGGUGCGCGGUCUCUGCAUCGCAAUAUGUGCGUUAGUCUUCUGGAUGGGAGACAUCAUUGUGACUGACACGCUGCCUGUGUUGCUUGAUUCAAUCGGUUUAGCCGGCAUCUUCGGCAUUUAUGCCGUUGUGUGUGUCAUAUCUUGGGUCUUUGUCUUUUUGAAAGUUCCUGAAACCAAAGGCAUGCCUCUUGAAGUCAUCACCGAGUUCUUUGCCGUCGGAGCAAAGCAAAAAGCUGCUGCGAAAAAUGAGUGAUUCAAAGCAAUCAGCCUCUCAUCUGUAUUUACUCCUCUUUUAGGUUCUGGAGGAGAGAGCCCUCCUCAGAGGAUUUAGGGGGUCAUAACUACUUUGAGAGUAAAGUAUGUGAUGGCUUCAAGGCUACUAUCAUAUUUGCUAUGAACUUCUUGUUUUGUAUUACGAUGCAUAAAGCAAAGAUUUUUUUGGCACGUCCUUUACUUGCAGGGGGCAAUACCUACAAUGCUAGUAUGUGCCCUGAGUUCCAGCCAAAAGGUGUCUUUUUCCU